UACUUCAUUUGAUUUUGAGUCUAUGCCUCUAUUUAUAUAACCAAGGAUUGUAUUAGUUUUUUUGGCUGCUGCCACACACUGCUGGUUCAUAUUUAAGUAUUCCAGAAGUCUUGUAAUUUGUUCAGAUGUAACUUGUAAACCAAAGCCAUGCUGCCAUGUUCUUUUUAGAGAGAAGAGGCUGUCUCCUGGCAAUGCUUCCAAGCAAAAGAAUACUUGUUCAAUCUUUUUCUAAUUGUACCGUCAUGAAUUUUAACAUUUAACAUGCUAUAACAGGCCUGUAGAGUCUAAGAUAUUGUAUUUUUUUGCAGUUUUUCUGAGCAUUGCACAAUCUGACCUUGGAGCGAAUUUGCUGAGAUGUCCACUCCUGGGAAGAUUGGCAACUGUCUUGAAUGUUUUCUACUUACGAAUAAUCUUUCUCACUUAGAACGAUGUACUUUAAAUUGUUUGGAAAUGGCCUUAUAACUGUUCCCAGACUGAUGAGCAGCAACAAUUGCUUCUCUAAGAUCAUUGCUGAUGUCUUUCCUCUUUGGCAUUGUGUUAACACACACCUCAAUGUUGGGGACCAGGAAACUCCUGAAACUUCAGCUUUUAUAGAGGUAACACACUUGCUGAUGAUCAAUUGAUCAAAGGCACUUGAUUAGCAGCACCUGGCUGGUAUAUAACCUAUUCAUACCUAUGGAAGCAGUAAAGGUAUACUUAGUUUUUCACACAUGGCUUCUCCAUUUUACUUUUCUUAUUGUAAAAUAAAUGAUGACAUGGUGUAACAUGUCAUGUGUUGUUGCUGCUUUGAGGUUUAUUUACCUACUUUUAAGAACUGCUCAAGACCAGAUGAUUUUUGCUAUGGCUUGAUAACGUAAAACCACAGAGCUCAAAGAGGGUGUACUUUCUUUUUCACAUGACUGUAUGCCAUCCCCAGCUUAAUGGAAGAAGGUAACAAAAUUAUACAUAAAGAAAUGUGUCUGCCACACCCAUUUUCUUCAGUAAUAUAAAUUGAUCUUAAUUUUUUUGUAUUACUCCUGCCCCACUCUAGUUGGGAUUUUAGACUGGAUAUGUAUAGUGCAGUUUUGCUAGAGCAUGGCUAGUUAAGACUUUCACCACAAUCAGAGUAUUUGUCAUAAGUACUAUGACAAAUAAGUAGAGGCCGCAAGAAUUCCAGAAAUCUUUUGCCAACAUUUGGAGAUUGAGAUCCACAUGAAUAUAAUUGUAAAGAACAGCUUUGCCUGAGGCAAAAUGGGGUGAGGGUGCAACUGCCUUUCAAUCAGAGCACACCUGCAUACGAUACAUAACUGAGGCGUAUCAUAUAUAUGUAACUGCCCAGAUUUUCCUGGCAUUUAUUUUUAUGUGAUCAAACUUUGAUUUGGGGAAAGCACUUAGCAAGAGACCCACAUAUCAUCAGUACUGGUUCAAUUUCUUGUGAUCCUUGAACAAUCCUCCAUCUUCUACUUCAUCUGCUGCUUCCUUAAAUUUAUCUCUAAUUCUAGCUAUCCUAUUUUUUCUUACAUAAACCCAUCCUUGCCAGCUCACUGUUUCCCUUCCUUCAUCUGCCCUAUUUCCUUCUUGCUCGUAACUUUGUAUAAAUGUUUUUCACAGCCAAAACAAUAUUUUCAUAAAAGCUACUGUUUAUUAUUUCAUUAUCUUGGUAAUAGUUUUGCUUGUGUCUAUUCCCUGGUAUUGUUGAGGUACGCUAACAUUAAGAGUAGGAGGAAGAGAUUAUAAACCACACCUACAUAUAAUAUUCUAGAAUAUCUCUGGAACAGAAGGAAUAUAUUACUUCAGUGGGAGGCCCUCAAGUAACAGAUGUCAUCGACACAAUUUAUAUCCUUUUUUUUGAAUUCCCAAUUUGUGGGUUCCUACUUUAUUGGCAUUAAUACAGGAAACUUAGGUUUUCUGUUACUCAAAAAUACUGGGGGGGGGUGCUCUGUUCUGCAAAGUAAUGGGAUAUUAUACAUGCAAAAGCUUGUAUUGUGAGAUUUUUUGAUACUGGGAAAUAUUUGGUAACAUCAAAACUCUUAACAUAGAGUCCUGUUGGUAUUCCAAUUUUACUCAAACAGGCUUCCUUAUGCAAAUAGUGACUUGCCCAAUGUAGUCACUUGAGUUUCACGAUCAUAAGCUGAAAUGUUGAUUUUUCUACUCACAAAGACAAACCCAACUAAAAUGUUCAUCUACAUCUCACAAGUUUUUCUUUGGAAAAUUCAGUGGAAUAAGUUUUGAUGGGUCUGAUUAAACGUUGUCACAAAUUUAUCACUGCAACUAAGACAACUGGAGAUACUGUCUUUUCCUACAUAUCUUUUAAUAUUUGCAUGAGAUGGAGAAUAAUGAAAGCUGAUGCAUCUACCUAACAAGGGUGACAUGUCAACUUGGCUCUCACUGGCUGUUCCAUCACCAGUCAAGGAUUAAAGCAUGUGAUCAGGAGCACCAUGGAGGGUGCAGAUUACCAGUUGCCUUCUGCCAACUCAGCCAGUGUUGCCCUUCCUUCUCCUUCUUCCUCUUCCAGUGAUGAAGCUGACAUUAUGGCUUUCAAUGGGGAGCUGGACUUACAACAUUACUCUAAUGGACCAGGGGGGGCUGGAGGGGAGGCUCGUCCUUAUCCCUGUCCUAUCUGUGGCAAGCGUUUCCGCUUCAACAGCAUCCUGGCAUUGCACACUCGCAUCCACACCAGCUCCUAUCCACUCACUUGUCCCUACUGUGGCCACCAGGCAGGGCAGCGUGCCAGCUUACGUCUCCACCUACGCUCCCAUUGUCCUGAGGCCCACACCCGGCUCAGUCACCAGAGCCGCUUGCUGCUUGAAUUGGAAGAGCGGGCACUUCUGCGGGGUCAAGAAGAGGAAAAGGAGGAGGAGGAGGAGGAGGAGGAAGAAGAAGAAGAAGAAGAAGAAGAAGAAGAAGAGAUGGUUGCUCCUAUUCCACCCCAACCUCUACCCACCUUUCACUGCUCUUUCUGCAAGGGCAAGUUUCGUACUGCAGGAGAGCGCGAGCGCCACCUUCGCAUCCUCCAUCAGCCGUACAAAUGUGGGCAAUGUUCUUUCGCUGCCACACAGGAGCCAGAACUGCAGUGGCACAACCAACAAGUUCAUAACUCCCCAGCAACUUGGACACCCACUCCUCCUGUCCCUGAACCCACCACUUCAGUUCCACCCACCACUCCUGCUUCCACACCCACUCCUUCCUCCUCUGCCUCCACCCCUACGGAGUUCCGCUGCCAGGUCUGUGGUCAAGCCUUCACCCAGUCCUGGUUCCUUAAGGGUCACAUGCGGAAGCACAAAGACUCCUUUGACCAUAAGUGCCAGGUGUGUGGGCGUGGCUUCAAGGAACCAUGGUUCCUGAAAAACCACAUGAAGGUUCAUCUCAGCAAGUUGGGCCUCCAGAGUGAACAAAGAGGACCAGGACCAGGUCGAUCAGCGCAGAGCUUACUCGUGGGUUGUGAGGCUCUGUAUCCAUCUCUCCUUUCUCCUCGCCCCACAGACAAAGCCAGUACAGGCACUUUCCUGGGUUACAGUGAUGCGAGCUGUGCUGAACGACUGCAGGCCACAGCUCGCGCCGUGGAGAGUAGUCAGCAGUGGAGGGAACGUUCUUAUGUAGUAGGGUCCAAGCUUGUGAGAGAAGACUCAGGAGGGAACCAUCGCUGCCCAGACUGUAACCGGACCUUUGGUACAUUCCAGCAGAUGGCCUUGCAUCGGCAAAGCCACCUCACCCGUGAGAGAGAAUGGAACAAGGGACAGUCACUGGGUUCUCACCUUCUCAGUGGACAUUGGCUUCCAACAAAUGUGAGAGCUUCUACUGCAGCCAACACCAGCUCAGCUCUGCUCACCCAGAAGGAAAAAGAAAUACAGGGUCAGUCACGCUUGGAUGGAUCCCGACGAAGCACUGGGAAAGACUGUCCAUUCUGUGGGAAGUCCUUCAGAUCUUCCCACCAUCUCAAAGUUCACCUCCGUGUCCACACAGGUGAGCGCCCAUACAAGUGCCCUCACUGUGACUAUGCCGGCACUCAGUCUGGUUCGCUCAAAUAUCACUUGCAGCGCCACCACCGGGAGCAAAAGAGCGCUGCUGCUGCUGCAGCUGCUGCAGCUGUAGCAACAAUGGAACAGUGCCACAUGCCCCUGGCCCCUACUGCAGUCCCUGCCUUUCCCCCUACACAGCUCACUAAGAGCCAUGGGUCCUUCCUUCCUCUAGGUGGUGUGGGGACAGCUCGGUCCCGCCAGUCCCGCCGCAAGUCACUGCUGAACGGGAAGGCUGAUUUCCAACCAUUGGAUCUUUCCCUACGUCCAGCCCUGGCAGGAGGAGCUCUCCAUCGUUGCCAGUUUUGUCCCUUUGCCACCUCAGCUCCUGAGCUUAUGGAAUUACAUCUUCAAGUCCAUCACAGCAGGAAAGCUCGUACCCGUCGCUGCUCUCACACAGUUCCUAAAGCCCAAGUGGAAGAAGAAAUAGUUGAGCUGAAAGAACCAGAAUCCCCAAGCCCAAAAGGGGAGAUUUCCAAGUCACACAAUUUCUGGUCCUCUAAAGAUCAGGAAGACUCUCGCCGUCUCAAGUUGCUUCAUGGGAAACAGAGUUCUGAGGGAGCAAUAAUUGCAAGCCUUUCUUCUGAAGCUGCACUGAAUCAGCAAGGAUGGGAGAACCUAUCACAAGACUCUGAGGAGCCAAGACCUCAGAAUGAAUUGUCUGGCCCACUAGCCCAAAAGGGACCACAUCAGGAGGCUUCAAAGACAGGCCAAGGCCUCAUGGAAUUACAGCUGGAGCCAGUACAGGCCUGAGUCUAUUCUGCAUAUAUAAACCAGUUCCGAAUCUGUUUAGCUGUCAUGAGGACUCUCAACCAAGGGAGCUGGGAAUUGUAGCUCUGUUCUAUUUAUUGGAUAAUAAUAAUUCCAGGUCUUUGGGAAGGACUUGAUGAGCAGAUAAAAAUGCCAAAUCCAGUCUAAACAUCUGGCUGACUGUGUACAAAACCAUAAUAAGAAUGCAUACAAAGCUACAUUUCCCAAAGUUCAUAGGCAGGAGCUUUUCAGAGCUCAUAGCAUAGUGGUAGAACACAUGCUUUGCAUGCAUUAAAGUUCCAGAUUCAAUAUUUGCUUUCUAUCUUCAAGACGAAACAAAAAAAUAUCAGGGCCAGGAAAAGUCCCUGCCUGUGAUCUUGACCUAGUAAGAGGCUAGAUGGACCAAUGUCUGCCUCAAGAAAAAGCAGCUCUAUAAGGCAGUGAAAGCAAUUUCAGACCUGUUUACAUGUGUAGCGUAGAUUUGCAAAGACAGUUUGUGAGUGGUCACCUCACAUAUGACAGGGUCAUGCAGACAUCUGCAAGAUGUUUUGGAAUAAGACGUAAAGUUACCAACUAUUUUUUGAAAUAGUUCUCUAUUUUUAACAGCAGCAAGACAAACAUAGCAAGAUAUAGGUAUUACCUACCAAGCAGCUAAUAACAGCACAAGAGCUCCAGGAGGAAAAAAAAAAAAAAAAGACAAAACUACAACACAACCAAGUACUGACCCUGGAAGAUAAAAGCUAUAGCUGCAGUGGAGCAUUGGUUAAGGGUGAGAGAAAGCAUGGCGAGGAGAUUCCAUUCAUGCCUUGAGUUGAUGGGGAAAAUUGAAGUUCGGCUGAAUGGGAUUAUAAUCCUCUGCACAAUCAAGAAAGCUGUUGCUGGGACUCCCAAUUGCAAAAACAAAAAUACCCCAACUUGCAGAAACUCCCCAUCAACAUGAAGAGGACAGGUUUAAAGGAUAUGCUGCUGGUCUGGUGUCCCUAUCUGCUCUCCAUGCACUGGAUAUUUGAAAGGGCUGCCGUAGCAGUUCUAUUUAGUCAAACAGGGUUUGGGGGUGAUAUCACUGGGGUGUAUUAAGAGUUCAACCCUUUGUUUUCUCCUGAGUUCUGAACUUGAUGCUGCUUCUUUUAGGUGCCGCUGUCUGAGGACCUGGCCCCUUGGGGAUUCUACCAUUGGGACGUGGAGGGUUGCUGGGCUUCAUGGGGACAAGACUCCUGUAGUAGUUCUUGAAAGUUUUCUUUCUUUCUUCUUUCUUUUUUUUAAGGGGAGCAUUUCUGCAGUUGUAGUUUUUCUCACCAUAGUGUUGAUGUGGUGGGAGAAGCUGGGCUUGUCCAAAUUCUCUAUUGCAUUCUCCAGUUAUUCAUAACCAGGAGCCCUGUCCCCAUGUCUCCUAGAGGCAGGGCAGGUUUCACCAACCAUUCUUGGCCCAAAGGCCCAAGCACUUGGAGUGCAGCUUUGUCUCAUCAAAUCCAGGUGGUUCGGCCUCUCAUGUUUCCGUAGCAAGCUACCUGAUGCCAGUAUCUUAUCUCCGUAGCGAUCCAGCAACAGAGCUGUGUUUCUGUAGUGACCUGGCACAUCAGGGUGCUUGACAACUUCUAGAGUUUUCUAUUUUUUUAUUGUUUUCUUGUAGAAAAUUUAAAACUGGAAAUAAAAAUUACAUUGAAAAAUUAUGUA